CCCUCCUGCUCUCCUUCCCCUUUCACCCUGUCCCCUGCUCUGGACUCUGCAAACAUGAGGGUCUUGGCCUGCCUCCUUGCCGCACUGGUGGGGAUCCAGGCUGUUGAGCGGCUGCGCCUGGCUGAUGGCCCCCACGGGUGUGCUGGCCGCCUGGAGGUCUGGCACAGUGGACGCUGGGGCACCGUGUGUGACGAUGGAUGGGAUCUUCGAGAUGCCGCUGUGGCCUGCCGGCAGCUGGGCUGUGGGGGGGCGCUGGCCGCCCCCGGUGGAGCCUUCUUCGGGGAGGGCGCAGGGCCUGUGUGGCUCAGCGAGCUGGCCUGCCGGGGCAGCGAGGGACAGUUGGGCCUCUGCUCCCACCGGGGCUGGAAGGCCCAUAUCUGUUCUCACGAGGAAGAUGCAGGCGUCGUCUGUGCAGGGCAGCGCGUGGCUAACUCAAGGGAUGAGUCCACAUCCCCCCUGGAUGGGGACCAGUGGCUGGGGUUGUCAGGGGAGCUGAGCCUUGGAUCAGAGGAGCCCCCUGUGACUCACGUUCCCCGCCCAGCUGGGAGCCUCCAGAGUGGCUCUCGGAAGAAGAGUCCCCGGCCACCCAAGCAGGCCAAGUCCACGCGGGCCCCUCUGCUGACGACGGGAGUCCCUCGCCAAGAGCGGCUGCGCCUGGUCUCAGGCCCUCACGGGUGUGCUGGCCGCCUGGAGGUCUGGCAUGGUGGACGCUGGGGCACUGUGUGUGACGACGGAUGGGACCUUCGUGAUGCUGCUGUGGCCUGCCGGGAGCUGGGCUGCGGGGGGGCGCUGGCCGCCCCUGGAGGCGCCAGGUUUGGGCCCGGCAUGGGGCCUGUGUGGAUGGACGACGUGGGGUGUGGAGGAGGAGAGCAGGCCCUCCGGGAUUGUCCCCGAAGCCCCUGGGGUCGGAGCAACUGUGACCACAGUGAGGACGCUGGGCUGGUCUGCACAGGCCCAGCUCCCAGGCUGCGCCUGGCCGACGGCCCCCACGGAUGUGCUGGCCGCCUGGAGGUCUGGCACAGUGGGCGCUGGGGGUCAGUGUGUGACGACGCCUGGGACCUGCGUGAUGCUGCUGUGGCCUGCCGAGAGCUGGGCUGUGGGGGAGCGCUGGCCGCCCCUGGGGGCGCCUUCUUUGGGGAGGGGGCUGGACCCAUCAUCCUGGAUGAUCUUCGGUGUCGGGGAAACGAGACGGCCUUGCGAUUCUGCCCAUCGCGGCCCUGGGGCCAGCAUGACUGUCACCAUCGUGAGGACGCUGGGGCUGUGUGUGAUGGCAUGCCCCUCGGUUAUGUCCCUCCCACGGCCCCUGCAGUGCAGAGCAACGGCUCAACAAUGCCCAGGGAGGCAGCAUCCAGGCCCCUGUCCACUACGGUGAGCCAGGCCCCAGGGACAGCAGGCAUUUUACCUCCUCCAGACUCUCCCGCUGCUCCUCGGGAGCCUGGACCGGAAGCCGGGUCCCCGCAGCUGCGCCUGGUGGCUGGGCCCAGCAGGUGUUCAGGCCGGUUGGAGGUGUGGCAUGAUGGGCGCUGGGGGACUGUGUGUGAUGAUAGCUGGGACAUGCGCGAUUCGUCUGUGGUCUGCCGGGAGCUGGGAUGUGGAGGACCUCGGCAGCCAGACCCUGCUGCUGGCCGCUUCGGCUGGGGCGCAGGCCCUAUUUGGCUGGACGAUGUGGGCUGUGUGGGGACUGAGGCUUCACUCUCUGACUGCCCUGCUGCUCCCUGGGGGAAGCACAACUGUGCUCACAAUGAGGAUGUUGGAGUCACCUGCACUGGGCCUCCUGGACUGGACUCCAUCUCAGACCCCUUCAGCUGGAGCUGGAUCCCUGGAAUGGGUAGAGAUCCGGAUGCCUGGCUCCCGGGAGAGCUGGUCACCAAGCCCUCUCCAAGUCUGACCUCCAGUGUUCUGGAGAAAACAACCACUAAGGCCCCAGAGAAAAUGCCUAAGAGUACUAAGAAAUGGGUGACAAAAAAUGCAAAGAGACCAACCACUCAAUCCCCAGUGAUACCAACCACUAAACACUCCAGGGGCCGAGGCACCCAAAGCCCCCCAGUAAUAACCUCACGGAUCACCACCACCCUGGCCACUGAUGCCCCUCACAGACGGACCUCACACACCACCACAACGCUGACUCCUCAGGCCCACCAAGAAUGGGCCACUCAAGGUCCCCAAGAUAUUACCUCUGAGGCCACCACCAAGCAAAUCCCUCAGGCCUCCCUGGAGCCAUCUGCCAAAAUCCCAGCAGAAGGAUCUCCAGAGUCAUCCAAAGACCCAGGCCCUUCCCCUACUGCUAGCGCCACUGGAGAAUCAGGCCCUGUCCGUGUUCGUCUGGCUGACGGACCCAACCGGUGUGCCGGCCGGCUAGAAGUGUGGCAUGCUGGACGCUGGGGGACAGUGUGUGAUGACAGCUGGGACCUACGGGAUGCCACUGUGGCCUGCUGGGAAUUGGGCUGUGGAAAGGUCCGGCCCCGAGUGGGCAAAACCCACUAUGGCCCUGGGACUGGGCCCAUCUGGUUGGAUGACAUGGGUUGUAAGGGAAACGAAGCCUCGCUGAGCGACUGCCCCUCGGGGGGAUGGGGGAAGCACAACUGUGACCAUGAGGAAGACGUGGGGCUCACCUGCACUGGAUACACAGACUAUGAUGACUAUCCCCCCUGGACCUGGGACUCCACCUCAGGAGAGGACCUUGCCAAGGGGAUCACCACAGCAGCACCUGGACACACUCUCUCCUGGGGCACCACCAGGCGCCCAGGGACUCCCUCCCCAGAUACAAGGCACCUUCCAGACACAGGUGACAAAGAUGGUUAUGAGUUUCCCUGGACGUGGGACACACCUUCAGGAAGGGGCCUGGUCAAGGGAACCCCAAUCGCAGGCAAACCUGGACCCACUCUUACCACUAGCACCUCCAAGAGCCCAGGUCAUCCCUCUCCAGCUCUAAGAACCCAUGAGGACACAGGUUCCCAGAGGAAACCGUGGGCCGAGCGACGGCUCCUGCAACCCACCGCAGCCAGGACAGCACCUCCCAUUUCGUCCCCAGAUCCCUCAGCCUCUCCAGGGCCCCCAGGUCCCCCGCUGACCUCUGACUCCAGGCCACAGCUCAUCCCUGAAUCAGCUUCAACGCGGGAGGCGACCUCUGACCCUCCUGACACUUCGCCACCCACCCCAGACCCUGCCUCCUGGGUGAAUCCUGACCUCACAGUGACAACCCCUCACCUUACUUUGUCCACCCCUGACUCCAGUGAGUUUCCGGAGCUCUCACCCACUCGACCACCCACCUUGCCCAAAGAGCUGACCUCUGACCCCUCUGCACCGUCAGAGGUGACCAGCCUUUCUCCCACCUCAAAGCUGACCCCAGAAUCUGACACAACCUCAGAUCUGGACACAACUUCAUACCCCAAUACAGUUCCAGAACUUUCUGGAUCCCCAGACCCUUCCACAAGCCCUCACUCCCCAACCACCCCUCAUACCAUCACCCCGCAAUACACCACUACCCCUCAACACACCACAACUCCUCAACACAACACUACCCCUCAAUACACUACCACCCCUCAACACACCACUACCCCUCAACACACCACUACCCCUCAACACACCACCACCCCUCAACACACCAUCACCCCUCAACACACCACCACCCCUUACCCAACUACAAUUUCUCAACCCACCACUACUCAAUUUACCAUGAUUCCUGAUCCCACCUCAACCCCCAUCAUCACUACUAAGUCCUUUGCAACCUCCUUGGGAAUAGAACUGCCCUCUCCCACUCCAGCACAGACAGUCAAGCCCAGACUGACCUUCAUGGCACCUGCUGCUCACACCUCCACAUCCCUAGAGCCCUCAUCAGCCUCAGAGUCCAACCCCUCCAGGCCCUCUCCAGCCCCAAGCAUGGACCCGCUGUCCACUGAGGACUUCAAACCACCCAGAAGCCAGAGCCCCAAAGUUACUCCUCCACCUACCCAGACCCCACACUCAGCCUCCCACCCUACUGUGACCCCUGACCUCCACCUCUCCCCCAUGGCCCACCCCUUGGAUCAACCUCCCCCUGACCACCUCACCCUAGCACCAACCCCUGGUCACAGCCCAGGUUCCUUUGGCCCAUGUGUGGCCCCAGCACCACCUAUAAGGGUCAUGACUUGUGAGCCACCUGCCCUGGUGGAGCUGGUGGCUGCUGUGAGGGACGUGGGUAGCCAGUUGCAGAGGCUGACCCAGGUCCUAGAACAGGAUCAGCAGGAGCGCCAAGCCCUGAAACUGGGGUUGACCCAGCUGGUGGAGGCUACUCGGGGUCUGGGGCAGCUGGGCAAGGCUGUAAAGAGACUGGCAGAGGUGGCCUGGCCCCUCAGCACACCUGUGCCAACCACCACCACCCCAGAGGAGGAGGAGAGGCCUCUCAGGGGAGAUGUGUGACCCUCUCCAGGAUUUGGGGUACUUAAGACAUUCCCAGCCAAAAAAAGAAAAUCAAAGUAUCUAAUUAAAACAAGAUGUGAAUGAUGUUUCUGGGGGACUAGGAGAACCCUGGAGAGAGAGAAUCACA